GCUUUGUUCUAGAUAUAACAUUAUUUUAAAUACUAUAGUUUCUUAGCAGAAUUACUUUAAGGAGCAGGUAUUUUUUUAUAUAUCGCCUGAUCCAGUUUAUUGUGAAAGUGUUGUUGAGGGAGCCACAGUCUAAUUGAACCCACCGCUGGUGUUUGUAUUCAGAACGACAUUUACGCACAAGGAGGGGUUUUAUUUUUAAUUGUUUUAAAGGUUUACACAUUGCUUUGGGACACAGUCAAACGGGGGAACGGGCCGCGACGCGACACCAGCACAGUGUGACUGUCUCUUUAAUACACCGCAGUGACUUGUGGGUAUGUACAUCGUUUGUGUUUUGAGAAGCCAGCGCACAGAUGGUCGCUUUCCCCCUGGACCCAUGAGCCUCUAAACACUUUGUAUGUAGCCUUAUUUUAAUUCACAAGUGACCGUGCGAUAUUAAUUGUUGCCCGUUUUUAAUGGGAAGCGCAACAAACGCGGGGAAACCCCUAUUUAUUGACCCUUAGCAUAUGUGCACUCAAAUCAAGCUAGCUCGCUAAUUUAGCUUCCAGAACGGAAGUCAUUCUCAAACCCAAGCGGUGAAAGUACCGUCUAGUAAACCACAGUUUGCGGUGUUAAAAUGGCUGCGUAUCUAAUGUUGUAAUGCGCCGGGUCGGUGAUGAUAUCCCCUGUCGGGCUGGCUUCAGUUAAAAUCUGAGGCUCUGCUUUUGUUUUUAAUCGCACCGCUGUAACGAUCAGUUGCCUGAGAAGAUCGCUGAUCGGGAGAAGCGAUGGACGAAAGGGUCGAUAAUGUCGACAACGACGACAUUGUCAUCAUCGUGGAGAACGAGGCGGAGAGUCUGCCAGCCCAGGAGGAGAGGCUCAAGCAGCCGGGCACCAUCGGGCUCAUGGACACUUGUCCCAUCUGCAAGUUGAGCUUCCACAACAGGGAGCCCAAGCUGCUGCCGUGCCUCCACUCCUUCUGCAAGAGGUGUCUGCCGCCCCCCUUCAGGAGCGCCGACCCCCGGCGGGAUUCCCAGGGUCAGGUCGACAACAACAAACCACUGGGAGCCCUCCGCUGUCCGGUAUGCAGACAGGAAUGCUGGGAGAUGGACGUGCUGGAUAAUUACUUUGUCAAGGACUCUGCUGAGAUGCCGAGCAGCACCAUGGAGAAAAGCAGCCAGGUGUGUAUGAGCUGCGAUGACAACACAGAAGCAACAGGUUACUGUGUGGAGUGUGUGGAGUUUCUGUGCCUGACGUGCGUUGAGGCGCACCAACGGGUCAAGUUCACCAGGGAUCACACCAUACGACAGAAGGAGGAGAUGUCUCCAGAAGCAGUUGGCCUUUCCACACAGAAACCCGUGUUUUGUGACGUCCACAAGCAGGAGCCCCUGAAGCUGUUCUGUGAGACGUGUGACCGACUCACCUGUCGAGACUGUCAGCUGCUUAAGCACAAGGAUCACAACUACCAGUUUUUGGAGGAUGCUUACAGAAACCACAAGCAGUACCUGGAGAACAUGACGCAGCAGUUACAAGAGAAACGAAGAACCAUUGAAGAAGUGUCCAGCUGUAUCAGCAACGGACUUCAACAAGUUGAAGAAAACCGUAAGUCUGUAACAAAUGAAAUAAAGAAGUCCAUCUGUAACCUGAUCAUGGAGAUCAACAGGAAGGGGAAGAUUCUGGUUAACCAGCUUGAGGGUCUAACUAAAGAACACGAGCUGGGUUUGAAAAAGCAACAAGACGACGUCAACUCGCUGAGUCGGCACCUCGAUCAUGUAAUAAGCUUUACAAAAUGGGCCACAGCCAGCCACAGUGGAACAGCUCUGCUGUAUUGCAAGAGGCUGAUCCUUUACCAGAUCCAUUACCUGAUGAGAGCAAGCUGUAAUCCUUCCAUCGUCCCUCAGAGUUCAGUUCGCUUCCAGUGUCGCUCCGGUUUCUGGGCCACUAACGUAGACCUUGGUGCACUUACGGUAGAAAGGGGCCCGGGACGACCGCCCAUCCCCAACCACCAAGCACCUCCCAGAGCAGAGGCGGCUGCUGGAGCUCUGUCGCUCUCCGCUCAGCAGCGUCAGAGCACGCUGGCCCAGCUCCAGAUGCAGGUUGACAAGCUUUCCCAACAGUCCCACAGACAGCCCCCUCCCAACCACUGGUCCUGGUACCAGAACGUCCGGCUCCCGGGACCCCCUGGCCCUCCGCCGCCGACCAGGCCAGUCCACGGAGGAUCCUCACCCUCCCAGGGACCCCUAGGUUUGGCACAACCGGGACGCAGGUAUGGGAGUUCCCAGCCCAACACGAGAAGUCCCACCUCCUCCAUGCUUCACAACUCGGGAUACACACCUGCUCAGUCUCUGAGAGAUCUGAUCAAUAGCUCCAGCUUCCCUCCUAAACCCGGGGAUGUGUUGCAGGGUACCUCUCGCUACCCACAGCCUCUGUCUGCGGGAGCAGCGACACAGAUGUCCCUACAGCAGAGGGGCAUGCCUGAGCCCUCCUUCCUGAAGAGGAGUGAAGCCAGUGCAACGGUCCCGUCCAUCUCAGUCUCCAUCCCCAAACCCAGCUACGUUCCAGGUCUCGCCUCAGCAUCAUCAGAUAAAACAAGCACACUUAACCACAUGGCAGUUCAAGCAAGGCAGAACUCCCCGAUGGCCAAACCUUCGUCUUCAGACCGAGGCACAGGGACGUCUUCCUGGAAGCAGAGUUCUGAGCCGACGUCUGCCCCGUCAGCCAAGCGACGGAGAAGGACGUCCCCAGGGCCCAUUAUCAUCAUCAAAGAUGAACCAGAGGACGAGGAUGAAGUUCACUUUGUGCAGUCCAGCGUUGGGUCCAGCCUGCCCGACAGCAGCACCGGGGCUCAGUCAAUGCCCCGGCUGCAGCAGAAGGUGACUGUCCCAAACCUGGUCCCUGGAUCAGAGUCCAACACUGGGAAAGAGCAGUGUCCUCAGCCAGUUGCUCAGCCAGAGUCUGUGAAGAGAGCGGAGCCGGAGGAAGAUCCCAACGAGGACUGGUGUGCCGUGUGUCAGAACGGAGGAGAGCUGCUGUGUUGCGACAAGUGUCCCAAAGUUUUCCACCUGACCUGCCACAUCCCAUCGCUGAACGAGUCCCCCAGUGGCGAGUGGUUCUGUUCAUUCUGCCGAGACCUGGUCUCACCUGAGAUGGUGUACGACUCCGACAGAAAGGAUGAGGUCGUCUCUGAGGAAUUCUCACCAGUCAAUAGAAGGAGCUGUGAGAGGUUGCUCCUGCGUCUGUUCUGCAACGACUUCAGCACUGACUUCCAGCAACCUGCUUCUCCAUCGGAGACCAAGCGGUACAAAGAGCUGAUCAAGACGCCGAUGGAUUUGUCGAUAGUGAAGAGGAGACUGGAGUCUAAGUCGCAGGACGGUGAAUAUUACAUGUGUCUGGAGGGAUUUGUCGCCGAUGUCAGGCUCAUAUUUUUCAACUGUGCCAAAUAUUACAAGGUGACCUCAGAAGUGGGCAGCGCAGGCGUGUACUUGGAGGACUACUUUGAGGAGCAGCUGAAGAUCGCCUACCCAGAUAAGAUCUUCCCUGGUGGCAGGGAAGAUCAGAUGAUCCCUCCUUUAGAGGACGAGAUCGACGAGGAUGAAGAAAUGAUGGCAGACAAUGUGGCGCCCAUGGAAGAUGAUAAACCACAGAGUCCUGCAGGACCAGGAAUCCCCCCUGUGGAAGAGGAUUUGGCUCCUCUGGAAGAGGCGCCGGCCGCAGAAGAGGAGGAAAAGUUGGAAACUGAGGAGAAGGCAACCAACACGAGCAAAAAGGAGAAGGAGGAGAAGGAGACGGAGGAGAAGGAAAUGGAGGACAAGGAGACUGAGGACAAGGAGACUGAGGAGAAGGAGACUGAGGAGAAGGAAACGGAAGAGAAGGAGACAGAGGAGAAGGUUGCCACCGCUGAGGACGCCACUUCUCCUACAGAUCCAGAGAAAGAUGAGAAGGCUCCCGUGAAGGAGGUGAAGGAGGUGAAAAGCCCUCUCGCCGCUGAUAGUGGCACAAAAGACGGGGUCGCCCCCUGCUCUCCAAAUGAAGAGAACCCUGACCACCCUGCAGAGGAGACUGUAGAUGCGGCCGAAACCCAGGAGGAGGAGGCAGCAGACCCAGCCAAAGAGGAGUCAGGGUAGAUGGCGGAGAGAAAGUAGAAAAAAGAGGAUUUUAGUCUUCCACAGAAUCGGCCCCAGUGGGGACCUCCAUGUGCUGCAGUCAGAUUUUGUACCAUGUUAUAUUUGCAAUAGGGGGGAAAGCGUCCGGCUCCACUGAAGAGACGUAUUUAGAGAGAGUGAUGCACAUUUAAGGGACUGAAUAAACUCUUUGUGUUAUCGCUAUACAAAGGUUACAGUUCUGUGAUAAUGACGACACUAAGAAGCACACAACUGUUUGUUGAUAGGAUCAUGUGUACGUUAUCACCCGUUAUCUAAUCACUGCAUAAAAUGACGCCAUGAACUUGAGGCACAAACGCUGCAGUUGGAAUAAGGAAACAAGACUUUGGAUCAGAAAUGCAUGUGCGAUGUCUUAAUAUAAAUAUCAAUGCCUCUGUUUUUGUGUGUUUAUAGACUUGUACCAGCCACCUGGUUCAUAAGCAAGUGGUGUUUUACUGCAAUAGUAUUAUUUUCUAUUUUAUUAUUUUGAUAAGCUUCGUAUCCAACAAAUAGGGCUGCUGUAUAUACUGUACAAAGAAGUGACCCUCAUAUCAGUGUGACGAUGAGAUUGAUAACUUUUUGGGAACAAAACAGAAAUUGUUAUCACGGUUAGUUUUAAAAAGAAAUGUGGCCACUUCAAGGUCUCUUACUCCCCUGAAUCCCAAAGAUGAUUCAUCACGCAGCCGCCUUGUUGUGUUUCUUCGCAGACUUUUAUUUAUUGAAAUAUUAUCGCUCCGAGAUUGUUCAGAGACACAAUUAUCAUUUUGUCCUUGUCGGCCUCUGACAGCGGUGUGUUUUCCAGAUUGUGACCUUGUCCGUCUGCAUCAUUAAAAACAUGCUUUUAUGUCA